UUUCCCUCCACUCAUCCACGCUCCCUCAACACCCUAAACAAAAGCCUGUGCACCUCACAAACACAAAGCAAGCUUAGCAAAAAUCAAGAAGACCCAACGACCUCGAAGACUUACCAGUAACAGAAAUGGCGUCAACCGCUUGCUUCCUCCACCACCACGCACCCUCCACAACCACAGCCCGGACCCCCUCGCAGCGUCUCGGGCCCAACGUCAGGCCCACUCAGCUCAUCUGCAAGGCCCAAAACAAGCCCGACGACGAGGCCAGUAAUGCAGUCUCACGCCGUUUGGCCCUCACUGUACUCAUCGGCGGUGCAGCUCUCAGUACUAAAGUCUCCCCUGCUGAUGCUGCCUACGGUGAAGCUGCUAAUGUUUUUGGGAAGCCGAAGACCAACACGGACUUUUUAGCAGUUAGUCGUGACGGGUUUAAGAUCAACAUUCCGGCGAAGUGGAACCCAAGCAAAGAGGUUGAGUACCCUGGUCAGGUACUGAGGUAUGAGGAUAACUUUGACGCCAACAGCAAUGUUACUGUCAUGGUCCAACCCACGGAUAAGAAAUCUAUCAAGGAUUUUGGUCCCCCAGAAGAAUUUCUGUCGAAGGUUGAUUACUUGCUAGGGAAACAAGCAUACUCCGGCAAAACAGUUUCUGAGGGUGGAUUUGAUCCUGAUGUUGUCGCAACUGCUAACAUACUGGAGACCGCAACUUCAGUUGUGGGAGGAAAAGAUUACUACAACAUUUCGGUUCUAACAAGGACAGCUGAUGGAGAUGAAGGAGGCAAGCAUUUGAUCAUAACUGCAACUGUUUCUGAUGGAAAACUCUACAUAUGCAAAGCACAAGCUGGUGACAAGAGAUGGUUCAAGGGAGCAAGGAAGUUUGUGGAGAGCACAGUCAAUUCCUUCAAUGUUGCAUAGAGAAGAAGAUGUUUGUUGAGAAUAAUCUCUCUUGUUGCUGUAAAUGCUACUAAAGAUGCUAUCUUAGGAUCAUGAAUGUGCUUAUGUUGAGAUGGAUUUUAAGAGAAUGGAAUAUGUGUCCAUUUUGUACCUUAA